AACCCACUAAAGCUAUGAGUGCUGUGCUUUGAAAAUUACUUCAUCUGGCUGCCAAAAAAGAAAUUUUUCCAAAAUUUUACGUUUAAUUCUUGUCCUGCUUUAUAGGAGGCAAUUUCAAAAUGUCUUCGCUGCUGCAUCUACUGGGUUUCUUGUGGCUUCCCUUGCUGGUUUAUACUGCAGCCAAUGAUGUGGGAGGAUUGCAGAAAUGUACAGAGCUUCUAAACACACAAAAGUUGGUCUACUGUUGUGGCAAGUCCUUUCUUGAUAAGUUUCCGUUCGUUGGCAGCAAUUGCACAUCAUUUUGGGAUGACUAUGGUCCUUGCCGCUAUGAAUGUCUGUAUAGGCACUGGGACCUCCUUGAUCAGGAUAACAAGAUCAAGAAACCAGAGCUAUACAUGAUGAUCACCAGCCUCUACAGCCCCUUGAAUGGUUAUGAUAAAUACGGAACCGCCUUGAAGGCAGCUCACGAGACUUGCGAAGCUCUGGGCUCCAGACACGCCGACUUUCUGCUGCUCUACUCCAACCAGGUGGCGGAUAAGAUGGGCAUGGCUUCCUCCACUUGUUUGCCAUAUGCCAUGCUCCAUGCUCAGUGUACCAUGGUAUACCUAACUGCCAACUGUCCCCGUGAGAACUGGAUAGAGGAUCCGAAGUGCAAUAGUCUGCAAAAUUUGCUUUCAAGUUGCACAAAGAAACUGGACGAAAAGACGAAUGCACUUAAGGGAAAGGAUGAGGAGCUAACGGGUAACGGGUGUGGCCAUGUAGAUACAGAAGGACCCCAUCUGCUCUUGGCCAGUUUUCUGACACUGAUGGUGUCUAAGUUCAUAUCGGAUCAGUAAUUAGGGAUUACCUAGAUUUGUUGGUCUGGUUAAAAUGAUUGCAUUUAAGCCGAUAAGCUUGUCUAAUUGCAAUUGUCUGGCUUAAGCCGAGCCCCCAAUCGGACAUUUGGUUGGACUUUGACCCGCCAUAAGUCCAUCACGAUGACUGCACAUUUUCGCUCACGAGACCGUCGCUUGAAAUGUGUUUUUGCUGUGCUCGAUUAAUUAGUGGAUCGUCACUGGAGUUAUAAAGUAAGCCGACGGUGCCAGACGAAGCUCA